AUGAAAGUGAAAAACAAAGAAGGCGAAGAAAAAGAUGUAGGGUUUUACCGGCCACUGCAUAGAGCUACACUGAAAGGUGAGUGGGAGAAAGCCAAAGAAUUCUUGGAAAAACACCAAGAUGCAGUGAGUGCGGACAUCACCGGAGAGGGGGAUACAGUACUGAUGGUAGCAGUUAGGUCUGAGAAGAGAUAUCAUUUUGUUAAGUAUCUGUUGGAGUUUAUGACAUCAGCUAACAACCUUGAGGUAGCCAAGUUGUUAGUGGCCAAGGACCAACAUCUGCCCAAUAUUUAUUAUGAGGAUGAUUUUCUACCUCUCCACGUAGCUGCUUUACUUGGCUACAAGAAUAUGGUUCUUUACUUAAUGGACGUCACCGGAAAAGACGGCGACGUUGGAGGCUAUGGGCCUAUUUUUGUUGGUGCUUUGUCAAUUCGUGGUCUAUACGAUUUUUCAGAAGCCAGAUAUAUGGUUGGAAGAUCAGUAAUUGCCGCAACAACUUUUGGGAUUCCUGAAGUUGUUGAAGAGAUCGUUUCAAUAUUCCCUGAAGCAAUAUAUAGCAAAAACGAAGAGGGACAAAAUUUAUUUCAAAUUGCAAUUUUGAAGCGUCAAAGAGACGAAGUAGAAAAUAUUUCAUUUAUGUGUGAGAGCAAGUUUGAAAUUGGAAGAAAAACACUUGCAAUGAUCUUUUCUGAGACACAUGAGGACUUAUUGAAAGAAGGAGAAAAAUGGUUAAAAGACACUGCUAAUUCGUGCACAAUUGUAACAGUUCUUGUUGUCACCAUAGUAUUUUCCGCUGUUAUUACAGUACCAGGUGGAAGUGAUGACAAGAGUGGCCUCCCAAUUCUUUCGAGAGAUAAAGCCUUUGUAUUGGAAUCGGAGAAAAGUAAAAAAGAUGACAAAACUCUUUCAGUUUCUGAGAAAGAACAUACGGAUAUGGAUGUAGGAACGGUAGAUUCAUGA